AUGUCUGCCCCAGUCGAAGCACCAAAGACCGUCGACCAGACAGAGGUUGUCGGUACCACUGAGGCUGCCCCCGCCCCAGUCCUGGCCGCCGACAACACUGUCGCCCCCGUCGCAGAGCCCAAGACUGAGGAGGCACCCAAGGAGGAGCCUGUUGCCGCCGCUGAGGAGACCAAGGCCGACGAGGCUAUCAAGGAGGAGCCAAAGGAGGAGAAGGUUGUCGAGCCCAUCUACAGCGGUGCUCUCGGCUACAAGGCCCCUGGCCUGAAGAACGCCUUCCGCUUUGCUAAGAAGUUCUUCUGGUUCGGCGAGGAGCCCGUCGCCGCUGAGAGCCUGGGCGAGUACCUCCGUGGUGAGAAGCCCGAGGUUGCUCACCCCACCGUUGCUUGGUCCAGCCAGACUGGAAAGGGUCUCCUUUUCUUCGUCAAGCACGCCGACAAGAAGGACCAGCCCGCUGGUGUCCUGAACUUGGCCUACGCCACUGAUCUCGCCAAGGACGGUGCUCUUGCUUUCGCAUUCAAGCUCUCUGGCCACAAGCACGCCUUUGAGGCUUCGACCACUGCCGAGCGCGACGGAUGGUUUGUCGCCGUUGAGAAGGCCAUCACCGAGGCCAAGGCCUCCAAGGACACCAUCGAGUCCAGCGAGGGCUACAAGGAGGCAAAGGAGAAGAUUGGCAAGCCCACCGCGCUAGCGGGCGCUACCGCCGCUCCCAAGAAGAGCAUGGACGUUGCUCCCAAGCUCGCUGAGGGCGAGGCUUCUGAGCCCGCCGCUGCCCCAGCUCGCACUGGAUCUUCCUCCAGCUCAUCUUCUGAUGAUGCCAAGGCAAAGAAGGCCAAGAGCAAGUCUCGCUCUGUUUCUCGUGGCAAGCGCGCCAGCCUCCUCGGCGGACUCCUCGGAAAGAAGGACAAGGAGCCCAAGACUGAGAGCGAGGCCGUCAAGGAGGAGCCAGAGACCAAGGCUGAGGAGCCCGCUGCCACUGCUCCUCACCUCGAUGAGAUCCCCACCACUGCUCCCGUCGACGCCAACGAUGUUGUCAAGCCCGCCGAGACCACUGCUGAGCCCGCUGCCCCCGUGGCGGCUGUUCCCAUCGAGGAGGCUCCCAAAGCUGAGGAGCCCGCUGUUGCCGCCGCUGCUGCCCCCGAGAAGCCCAAGCCCACCAAGCGUGCUUCCAUCUUCGGCACCUUUGUCGAGAAGCUCAAGUCGCCCACCACUGAGAAGAGGGAGGCCGAGGCUGGUCUUGCUGCCACUCCUGUCAAGGAGAACGAGACCGUCGCUGAGCCCGUCAAGCCCGUCGAGGAGACUGCUCCCGUUGCUGCUCCCUCUGCCAACGAGGCUGCCGCUGCUGAGCUGAACAAGGACGAGACCAAGCCCGUCGUUGCAACCAGCACCCCAUCCAAGGAGAAGGAGCACUUCAGCUUCGGCAAGCUCUUUGGCAACAAGGACCGCGCCAAGUCGCCCGCCGCCCAGGAGAAGCUUCCUGAGCCCAAGGCCGAUGCCGCUCCUCAAAUCGAGGAUGCUUCAGCCCCCGCCGCUACCGAGGCUGUUGAGGCCACCCCAGCCACCACUGAGGCUAAGCCAGAGACCACUGAGGAGCCCAAGCAGGACAAGAGGAAGUCCUUCUUCGGCAACCUUGGUCGUUCGCUGAGCAAGGCCACUGGCAACAAGAGCCAGGCCAACAAGGAGAAGAAAGAGGCCGCUGCCGCCCCCGCCCCGGUUGUCGAGGAGGAGACCGCUCCCGCUGCCGUUCCCGUCGCUGAGGAGAAGAAGGAGGAGGAGGCUGCCGCUCCCGUUGCCCCCGUCGCUGAAGUCCCCGCUGAGAACAGUGUGGGCGAUGCUUCGAAAAGCGCCAACCCGACUGUCGCUACAACUGCUCCGUCCACUUCGCCGCGCGCAUCGCAUAUCUCACACGGCAACCAUGCGCUUCCUUCCUCUUCUUCCUCUCCGCCUCCAGUGCAGGCCAUCGAGCGCCCAAACAUCCCGCUGAAACCCAUUCAGCCCUUCCAACGCUCUCGUCUUCCCAACACCCUCGCUGCCGCUGCCGCAACCACGAAGCCCAGCUCCCGCGUCAAGCCGCUGACAGAUCCCACGGCGCUCAAGUGGACGCGCGCGCGCCUGGAGAAAGAGCGUCAGGACUGGUGGGAUACGCAGGUCACGGGGUCGCCUGAGAUAUGGGGCGCUAUUCGUCUGGCGGCGCAGCACCUGCAGGCUGGUGAGCUACAAGAGGCGCAAACGAUGCUGGAUGUGACGGGGUGCACGUGUCCGUCGGGAUUAGUAUGGCGCGGGGUUUUUGAUGCCACCGGCGUGCAGUACAAGGUUCCCGAGUGGGUGGUUGUCGAGCCUGAGGGAGUGGUUGAAGAGGAUGACGAUGAGGAGGAGGGGGUGGGUGCUGAGGUUGAGGAAGAGGAGGGGGGCGACGAGGAAGUGAAUGUGAGAGUAAGGAUGAGCCAUGAUUCCAAGGAUGUGACGGUUCGGGUGCAUAGGAAGGAGAGUGUUGCGAAGAUUAUAGAGAAGAUCAAGGAUGAGGCCAAGCUCGACCCUUUUGCCAGAAUCCGGCUCGCAUAUGGCGGGCGCGUGUAUCACGAGCAUGAGAGCCUGGAGGCCCAUCCCCAUUGGAACUUUGAUAAUCAAUUUGUUAUUUCCGGCUUUGUGUUUCUCUGA